AUGGAUACAGAUACAGAAAUAGAUCCUAAAUGGGAAUCGCAAUUGAGGCCACAAUUACUUUCGGUGGCCGAGCAGCUACGUCCACGCAGGAAUCUGCUGCCAGCUCGUCUGUACAGUGCGCUCCUCAUUAGUGGAGACGAUGAGGAACGUUUGAACGCGUCAGAUAAGACAGAAACGGAGCUGGCUUUGGAUAUUUUAUCUUUGCUUCGUAAGCAAUGUUCUGGAUCAUUUGAGACAUUUUGCCAAGUUCUACUAGAAACUAGAGAUCCCACACUAUGUAGAGUAGAGAAGCGUCUUCGUCGAUAUGGCAAACGACCUUUAUCAGAAUCAGCUGAGUCGAGCACAAACGGAGCUGUGGUGGUAGCGCGUCAAGCAAGUCGUGCACGUGAGUGUAGUUCCAGUGUCAACCAGCCUACACAGAAACUGGAGAGAGAUUCCGUUCAGUUUAUGGUGAAUGAGGAAGAGUUUGAAACAUUGAAUGAGAACUCCUUGCUUGGAAUCGAAUUAGCAUUUACUCUGUCGCGUGCGUUUUGCAUUCCAAGGGAUAGAAUCACAUUUCAUUGUGUGCAGCGACAACUCGCCUACUCAGAAGGCAUUAAGAUUCAUGUUGCUGAGAAGAAGGCUUUGAUUACUAUGCUUGUCAAAGGAGUUGAGGAACCAGCUAUUAGAAAACAGGCUAACAUGAUAUUAGACGUUAUUUCUGGAAAUAGUAAAGUCAAGGAUUCGGAAGUAGAGAUUGUGCAAAUUGUGCCUAAAGAGAGUUGUCUGCUGGUCAUUCGACUGCCAGGGUUGGCAAUGGUGCACCUCAUGAUUGCUUUCUUUAGCCUCCAAAGGAGACCAGCAUUUCUUCAACAGCUCACUGCAGCUUUGCCGGAGUCAGCCUUUGAGGUCAGAUUUGGGUUUGCCUCACUCCCAUAUCGCUGGGCUGUAUUGCCAUCACGGCAUCGAAAACAAAAUUUUGGAUACAACACUCAUCAAGUCAGUAGAUGUCAGCAAUCAGGAAGUGGGGUGAGAAUGUUCGAGAUUCAUCAAAAGACUUUGUCAUCACUGUCAAGAAUUGAAUCAGAAUCUAACAACAUGGAGAAACACAUCCACGGCAUGUCUGAUGUUGUUGAUGAUUUGGAUGAUUCUCUACAGCAUGAUAAACAGACUAGUCGUAAUCUAGAUGGCAAACUUCAGGACACAAAGAAGUUGAACAAGUCAAUAACAUUUGAUGAACUUAUGAAAAGCAACAUUGAGGCUGCAGUAAGUGUUACAUGUGACAGUAAUUUCUAG